AUGAGACAGAUCAAGGUGUUGGACCUCUUCAUCCCCAACGCCGUCGGGUUACCCGUCGCAGCCAUUCUGGGCCCAUCUCCGUUCGAGUGUGCGAUUGGGUCGACGAUCGAGUUCCUUCGCAUCGAAAUGACGAGCUACCGCUUCAAUACGUUCGUCUUAUGGGCCCAAGACAAUCCUCCGCCAAACAAGUUGAGGUAUCUGGGCUUGAGGAUCCAGGAAUCGGUGCAAGACCGCGCUCGAGACAAUUUGUUGCGGGUAUGGGCCAAGGUCAAGAUCGAAGUCAUCGUGGUGAGAGAGAAUAGGCGACGUGAGGAAGAAUACGACGAGGUGUUCUGGAACCGAGUAGAAAGAGGAGAUUUUGAUCGCAUCCUCGCGGACCCGAAUUCAUAG